AUGGCACGCAGCGAGCGAGGCCGAGGUCGAGGUCGAGGCCGUUCAACUCGGGUCCAUCCAUAUCCAAGUCGACAUCUCAAGGAAAAGCAAGAACAGCAAUCAUCUUCACGUGCCACUUGGAAAGUCGUUCCACUAGAGCUAAAACUAUUAGUUUUCGAACACCUGGAAGACUCGAUACGGAGCGGGAAAACAAGAGCCUCAGUAUGCGCUACCGUCUGCAAAGAGUGGUAUUACUAUUUCGAGCCAUACAUCUUCCGACGUCUGACGCUGUCCAAAAAGCGUGUCGGCGAGUUAGAAGUCAUGGUUUCAGGAUCCCGACGCCAGUUCGUCCAACAUAUAUGGUUCCGAUUUGAGAGAUCGGUCAAACCUGGUGUAACGCCCCUCAAGAUUCGCCAUGGUUUUAACUUCUUGCAACUUAAUGCGACGUUAUUCCAACUCUUUGAGAUUUUGUCAGAAUGGCCAAAGAGAAGUGAAGGUCAACCGGGCAUCGCCUUAGAGCUGACAGCAUUCUCGGCUGUGGACCCCGAUUGUUCCAUGAAAGACACUGUUCCAGAUGAACUCAAAGGUGUAGAUCUCACGGUGGAUAGUGAGCCCUUAAACGCCAUCUAUGAAAAGGCGCCCAGCACCAGACGCACAUUAACAGAGCAUGAGAGCAGCCAACAAUACGAAGUACGAGACUUCUACGUCCAUCCCAUGAAUCACAAUUCAACGACGUUGCAUCUCCCGGAGGUGAAAUUGAUAACAGACCUCACUGUUCGCCGACAGAUGCAUGUCAGUCUUUUUCGUUAUUAUGUUUACUACAUGAUGGAAUCGCUCCCGAAUCUUGAGUUCAUAACUUACGAGCCUCUUGCUCUCCAAUAUCGGAGGAGGACAAAUUACCGCCCAAAUUGUGAGGUUGUAAGAAAUAUCACCACCAAGAUGCCCUCAUCCAUCAGAAGACUGCAAGUGUUUGAGGAUAGUCCUGACAUUCACGGUGAUGGGACAUGGGGGAGACAACCAAAUGAUAUAGACGGCUCGUUGGGUCGGCUAGUGGCGGAAAUCAGCCAAGAGAAAGAACCAGAGGUGAUCUCGAUGUCCUUCAUCAUCGAUGCCGUUGAUUUCUUCUCCGACUUCCAAAACCCACAGAUGAACCGGCCUAAUUGGAAGCUAGGAUGGCUCAAUCUCACCUGGAUAGUCUUGACAUCACCUGUCAUCUCGCCAGAAAGAAAAGACGAAAUCCCCCUUCUGCUAGUAUCAGCUGCCAAAGCUGCGUGUCACAUGCCCAAAUUGGAGAUUAUGGAACUAUAUUAUGUGACAUGGAAUCACGGGGCUAUCUUCGCCUACGUUCACGAUGGCGCGGGCAGCAACUUGUAUUGGGACAGCACCUGGGAGUGGAGUUUCCCGCCCGAUGUGAUAUCUUCAUGGAAGGGAGUGGCAGAUGUACACGGCGCCAGCGUGUUUGAACAUGAAGAGAAUCUAAUCCAACGAACGGAAAAACAUGGGAGGGGAUGGAAUGGAGAUAUUAUGUCGUUGCUUCGUACAAAGACAACUGUAGUCCAUCCGAUAACAUACGGCAACAUGAUGGAUGGAUGUAAUUUUAUGUGA